AAUCUAUCUGUAUCUAAAACAAAAAAGAACAUUAUUCACACAAUACACCACUUAAACUGUACAAGAAAAAUCACAUUGAAUAAUGAGAAAAAACCGCGCGCUCUUCUGAUUUCCUCGAAUGUCGAGAACCGAAAGAACUAUCUUGGCGACCGCCGAGCCUAACUCAGCUCGGAUGAUACCGAAAACCCUCAAUUUUUGCGAUAUAAUCCGAACUGACAUUUAAAUUGUCAAAACCUUGGCAGCCCUUCCAAUGGCUGCGACAGCGAUGGAUAGCAUGUUGCGCAACGUUAUGCUCACACCGUUGUGAUGAGCAUAACGUUGCGUGAGCGCCUGCAACCCUUCUGCGUGAGUGACCCACCCGUCUCAGAUGACAACCUGGACUUGGAAGGCCAUCACUCACACAUUUUGAUGUUUUACACAGAGUAGGAGUUAGGGAUUGGGAAAGGGAAUGAGCAAACCUAGCGGCACUUAUCAAUUUGGCAAAGUCAACUAACAACUGUCGUAACCGGUGGUUACAAAUGUGGUAAAUAGCUUUAGGCUCACUCGGUGGCGAGUUGAACUACUUGUGAGAUUAACUUGCCUGCUGUUUGUUUUUGAUGAAAUGAUGAAAACACGCGGCAAGGCACAAAUCCCCGACUACAUACGGGGAACGUGCCAUUUAAGGCAAUAUAUUCUGAUUCCUGUUAAAAUAUUUGAAUGAGAUAUAUCUAAUUAAGAAGUCUAUUAAUCCAACGCCUAAUAAUCGGUCGACUUGUCUAUGGGAGAAUUAAAAGCCCGAGAUGAACCUCUGUUCUCUGUGAUAAAGCUAAACACUCAGAAGAGUACCAAAUGGGUGCACAUCCUUCCUUCUCCUCAAGCUUGGGUGGGCACUGUCCUGAGUCCUGGUUGUAAACAAAAGAUUGAGAUGCCGAGUCUUUAUUCAGAAAUUCAGCGUCGUUGUGGUCUUUACACCAGAAAUUCAGCGUCUUUAUUAUUAACGAACGAAUUUACACUGUAUUUCAGGUCAAGGAAAUAGUUGAUAGAGGCUCGAAUAGUAAAGUAAAAUUGUUACGUCCGGAUAAUUCUGUAACCAUCUUUGGAUCUACUAUUAGAUACGCCACAUUAUAAUGAACGGGUACAUACAUAAUAUUCGCGAAACGCAGAUCAAAGACGAACUCCAAACUGAUUGUUAUAUUUGCCAAGAACCGCUUUCCCAAAGCUGUGGACAAUGCUUGCACUUGUUUUGUUACACCUGUUUCGGCUGUAUUUGUCCCAACUGCGAUUUGGAGCAAUCGAACGAGGAACAAGUUGGAAUCGAUGCGCAGGAUGCAGAAUGUGAGCCCAGCGGUUCAGGCGUCGAAGUUUUCGUCCAGGAAGAAUCACCUGAUAUCGCUCCUCCAGCUGAAAAGAAACCCAAACUGUCUCAAAAGGAUGGUGGCAGUGAGUAUAAUGAGUACUGUUCGAAACACAUCAAAAGAGCCUUGAAACUAUACUGCUUGACCUGUGAACAGCUGGUUUGUUCCGAAUGUUUGGUAAGCGGGCGAGAUCAUAAGCGUCACACGAUCGAUUCAGUUAGCGAGGUGUACCGUGAAAAGUUUCAAACAACGAAAGAAAAAUUGGAAAAUACUGAGAUUUACAUUCAAGAGAUACGACAAGCAAAUGCUGACAAACAGCAGAUCCAGUAUCGGGUAAUGAAAAUUGAACAGGAAAUGCUAAAACGGUUGGACUCGAUUUCCCAGCAGGCAAAGCAGGAAAUAGUGUCAAGCGCCAGACAGCAGAAGCAACUAUUGGUCAGGAACUCUCGAAUACCCAGUCGCAAGAAUAGAGCGUUGGAUCAUCUUUGCGAAAAAAUCUACACAAUGUCACAGGGAAGCUUCAUAGAAGAGCAGGCCAAAAUCCACCAGCAGUUGGAUGAACUUAUGAAUAAACCGCUUUCCUACUAUCAGGCAGCGCAGGGAGAUUAUUACGAUAUACGAUGUAAAUUGCUACCUCGAAUUCGUUUGGUGACUACAUCGGUACAGAUUUUUGAUCAUCAGUGUAGCGAGCGAGAUGCCCUUUUGAUGCCUAAGAUUCCAAUAUCCGACUAUAACGGUAACAAGUGGGAGCUUGUGUUCAACAAGGACGAGAUUCUGUCUGUUCAAAUUAUUACCAAGGAGUGCAACCAGAGUGGCAGUUUCCUAGCCGUUAUUGUUCUACUUAACGAUGACCCACUUAAAGUAUAUCAAGUGCAACUUACGAUUCCGAAUCCUGCUUCAGCCGAUUUACUACCAGUGAUCGAGUUGUUCAAGACAUCCAAACUGCAAUCGGAUGAAUAUGUAUGCCCGGAGGGCCGACUUAAACUACGCUGUGGAAUCGGUCCAGCCGAUCCGACUACCGAGCGGAUCUACAACAAAACACUCAUUGACCGGCAGCGCAACGAAAUUGUAUCAUUGAAGAAAACAAUUCGGCAACUGAGCCAGUUUGUGAUUGGCACGUUUGUUGUUUCCCAUCUGCAGGCGAUAGAACAGAGCAAACCAGUUUGCUAUCUAAGCCAGAAAAUCUACGAUUGGAACAUGACGGAAUGGCGCCUGAAUGUGAACUCUGCAGAUGGAUUUGUGGGUGCAUUUAUUCACAAAUGUAACGGACCAAAGGGAAAGUAUGAAUACUUCAUCGAAUUGCUGCACGCAACUCAGUUUGAGCAGAGCCACAAAAUAUCAACGGUUCACGAAUUCGAACAAGGUUUGCACGGACAAUCCAAGUUUCUACCGCAGGUUAAACUCGCUGCAUACAUGCGGGAUGGUUUUUUGCGCUUUCGUUAUGGGGUUCGAGCGGUGCGCGAAUUCGACGAUGCACCCGCUGAACAUUGAGUUUAUUUAGACUGAUUAUUUUUAAUUUCCCUUAUUUCGAAAUUGCUCAUUCAACAUUUCACAAAAACCUAAAAAGUAUCGAAUAAGUAUGAAUUAUUGACAGAGUUGUUUGUUUUGUUAAUGAUUGGUGUCAUUUAUCGUUGAUUUUGCUCGCAUCUUUAUAUUACUAUGUUAAAAUGUAAGCAAAAAGUACGUGUUUGUUACUUUUUCUAAUAAAACCUGAAAGCGUACUGCAAUUUAA